AUGGUAGCAACAGUAAAGAGGACUAUCCGUAUAAAGACUCAGCAACAUAUUUUGCCCGAUGUUACACCCGUAGAAAAUUUUCCCGUCCGCCAAUGGAGCAUAGAAAUUGUAUUAUUAAAUGAUGAGGGUAAAGAAAUUCCAGCGACAAUUUUCGACAAAGUUGUUUACCACCUACACCCAACUUUCGCUAAUCCUAAUAGAACAUUCACCGAUCCUCCGUUUAGGAUUGAGGAACAAGGCUGGGGUGGUUUCCCAUUAGACAUAAGCGUUUUCCUUUUGGAAAAAGCAGGUGAACGUAAGGUACCUCAUGAUUUAAACUUUCUUCAAGAAAGUUAUGAAGUUGAACACGUUAUCCAGAUUCCUCUCAAUAAACCAAUUCUAACAGAAGAACUUGCGAAAAGCGGGUCUGUUGAAGAUACUACAGCCAAUACCAGUACUAUUGGGAAAAGAAAGACGACUACAAGUACAACCGCUGAACCAAAAGCCAAGAAAGCCAAAACAGGUAGCGCAUCCACCGUGAAGGGCAGCGUAGACUUAGAAAAAUUAGCAUUUGGAUUGACUAAACUAAACGAAGACGAUUUGGUUGGUGUGGUUCAAAUGGUCACUGACAAUAAGACACCUGAGAUGAACGUGACGAAUAAUGUUGAAGAAGGUGAGUUUAUAAUCGAUUUGUAUAGUUUACCUGAAGGAUUAUUGAAAAGUUUAUGGGACUAUGUUAAGAAAAAUACUGAGUAA